CUCAACUUUCCUAAUUUAUUUUCAUCUUCCUCCCGGCUCCCCUCUCUCCUCUGUCUCUUAAGCUGCACACGAGAUCGCCCUCGAUGCAGAACUCUCCCAGCUCACGAGAUCGGCUCUAGAUGCGGAAAACUCUUCCUGCUCACGAGGCCGAAGAAGUGAAAUUCAAUGAAAACGUGCAAUGGAGAGUCACCCUGCAUUGAUUUUUUUGUAAGUUGGAUAUUCUUUGGCACUUGGAGUAGCAUUUGAAAUAGACCUGUGCUGAAACUUGCGACAUCUAUGGAAGAAGAGAACUUGUUUGAUCGUCUUCAACGCUAUCGUCGUGAUCGUCAUGUGCUUCUAAAUUUCGUUCUUUCUGGUAGUUUGAUUAAGAAAGUUGUAUUGCCACCUGGUGCUGUAUCAUUGGAGGAUGUUGAUAUAGAUCAAGUUAGUGUUGAUUAUGCUAUAAACUGUGUCAGAAAGGGCGAAGUGCUUGAUCUUGCCGAGGCCAUUAGACUCUACCAUGACAGCCUUGACUUCCCAUCAACAAGUAACUUGGGAUCCAUGGAAGAAUUCUUUCUGAUUACAAACCCCGAGUCUUCUGGCUCUGCACCUUCACGGGCUCCACCAUCUAUUCCUGUUCCCAUAUCUCCUCCAAUUUUGAAUAAUUUAGCAAAAUCAGAAUCUUUUCAUUCUCAACAUGAGGAAGAAGAGUUGACUGUUGAUGACAUUGAUGACUUUGAGGAUGAUGAUGAUGAUAUUGAUAAUGCGAUAAGCUCAAGACGGCAGUCAAAAGAUUUUAGUGACCUAAUGUUGGGCUUGCCUUCUUUUUCAACUGGGAUGACGGAUGAUGAUCUUCGUGAAAGUGCUUAUGAAAUUCUUGUAGCUUGUGCUGGUGCUGCAGGUGGUCUGAUAGUGCCUUAUAAUGAAAAGAAGAAAGAAUCAAAGAGAACAAGAUUGAUGAGGAAGCUUGCUCGCAGUAAGAAUGACAAUAUUGCUUCCCAUUCACGGCAAGCUCAUGGGUUGGUUGGUCUGCUGGAAGUAAUGCGAGCUCAGCUUGAGAUUUCAGAGUCAAUGGACAUCAGAACAAGGCAGGGGUUGCUUAAUGCUCUUGUAGGAAAAAUUGGUAAAAGAAUGGAUAACUUUUUGAUCCCAGUGGAACUGCUGUGUUGUGUUUCAAGAACAGAAUUCUCUGAUAAGAAAGCCUAUCUUCGCUGGCAAAAGCGACAGUUAAAUAUGUUGGAAGAAGGCCUCAUAAAUCACCCUGUGGUGGGAUUUGGGGAAUUAGGACGCAAAGUAAAUGAAUUACGGAUUCUUCUCAGAAAGAUUGAGGAGUCUGAGUCUCUUCCACCAUCAGCUGCUGAAAUUCAACGCACAGAAUUCCUUCGGUCGUUAAGGGACAUUUCUACUGCACUUGCGGAGAGGCCUGCUCGUGGUGAUUUGGUUGGCCAAGUCUGCCACUGGGUGGAUGGUUAUCCGCUUAAUGUGAGACUUUAUGAGAAAAUGCUCUGCAGUGUUUUUGAUGUCUUAGACGAAGGAAAGUUUACAGAGGAAGUUGAAGAAAUCCUUGAGCUUCUGAGGUCAACUUGGCGAAUUUUAGGGAUUACAGAGACAAUUCAUAACACAUGCUAUGCCUGGGUAUUAUUUCGGCAGUUUGUUAUCACAGGGGAACAGACACUCUUACAAAUUGUAAUUGAUCACUUAAGGAAAAUUCCAUUGAAGGAGCAGAGGAGUCCACAAGAAAGAUUACACUUGAAGAGCCUUUGUUGUUUAGUUGAAUGGGACGAGAGGUCUCAAAAGCUUACAUUUCUACAGUCUUUCUUGUCUCCAAUUCAGAGAUGGGUUGAUACGAGGCUAGGAGACUACCAUUUACAUUUCUCUGAGGAGCCCACAACGAUGGUUGAGAUUGUAGCUGUGGCAAUGAUCACUCGAAAAAUUUUAAUCGAAGAAAACGAAGAAGCGAUGGAACUGGAUGAAAAAGAAUGGAUUGAUACUUACAUUUCAUCUUCUAUUAAAUGUGCUUUUUCAAGGAUUACACAUUCUAUUGAAACUAAGUUGGAAACUACACAUGAACAUGUCUUGGCAUGUCUUGCUGAAGAAAACAAAAAGCUUUUGAAGAAAGACUCGACCACAUUCUCGCCUAUUUUAUCACGUUGGCAUCCACAUGCAGCAGUUAUUUCUGCAUCUCUUCUUCACAAACUUUAUGGUCAUAAAUUGAAACCAUUUCUUGAUCGAGCUGAACAUCUUACAGAGGAUGUUGUAUCCGUGUUUCCUGCAGCUGAAAGUUUUGAACAGUAUGUGAUUAUGGUGAUUGCUUCUGCAUGUGGAGAAGCAGAUUUGGACGACUACUGCAAAAGAAAAUUAAUCUUGUACCAGGUUGAAACCACAUCUGGCAUGUUGAUCUUAAGGUGGAUGAACUCACAACUGAAGGGAAUUGCUGGCUGGAUUGAACGGGUCAUUGAAAAAGAGGUUUGGGAUCCUAUUUCACCUCAUCAACGAUAUGGGUGUUCAAUUGUUGAAGCCCACAGUUUCAUUGACGAGAUUGUUGACCAAUUUUUUGAUCUUAAAGUGCCCAUGAGGAUUGGAGAACUUGAAAGCCUUUGCCGUGGCCUUGAUAAUGCAUUUCAAGUUUAUACUGGUCAAGUUGUUCAGCAGAUAGUUGAUAAAGAAGAUUUGAUACCUCCUGUACCUGUCCUCACUCGAUACAAAAGGGAAAUUGGAAUAAAGGCCUUUGUGAGGAAAGAAGUUACAGACGUGAAGUCAACAAAUGAUAAAAAUUCCAAUCAAAUUAAUCGACUAACAACAAAAAAUCUGUGUGUACGAUUGAAUACACUUUAUUAUGCAGUCAUGGAAUUAAACAAAUUGGAAGAUAGCAUUCAAGAGCGUUGGACCAGGAAGAAGCAUGAGAGUUUUAACACUAAACGUUCCAUCGGUGACAAUUCAGGAAGCUUUGCAUACCCAAAAAAUGCAUUUGAUGGUUCUAGAAAAGAUAUGAAUGCUGCGAUUGAUAGAAUUUGUGAGUUCAUUGGAAUGAAGAUAAUCUUCUGGGAUUUGAGGGAGCAUUUUAUAAGCAACUUAUACAGGCCUAAUGUGUCAGAAUCCAGGCUAGAGUUGCUCAUGGAAUCUUUUGAUUUGGUUCUGAACGAGCUUUGUGAUAUGAUCAUGGAGCCGCUUAGAGAUCGUGUUGUUACUGGGCUCCUUCAGGCAUCCAUAGAUGGUUUGGUUAGAGUACUGCUUGAUGGGGGUCCUUCACGUGUCUUUCUCGCUGCUGAUGCCAAGCUUUUAGAGGAUGACCUUCAAAUAUUGAAGGAGUUCUUCAUAUCUGGCGGAGACGGGUUACCUAGAGGAACUGUUGAAAAUCUUGUGGCUCGUGUUCGCCCAAUAAUUAAUUUGAUUAGCUUGGAGACUCGUGUGCUGAUUGAUGAUCUUCGAGAAGUCAGUCAAGGAGGCAGAAGCAGAUUCGGAGCAGAUUCAAAGACUCUUCUCAGAGUUCUCUGUCACAGAAGCGAUUCUGAGGCUUCUCAAUUCCUCAAGAAACAAUUUAAAAUUCCCAAAUCAGCUGCUUGAAUCAACAGCAGAGGAGCCUCAGUAAUAUAUUUUAGAUUGGUCCUGCUAUUGUAAAUUAGCUGUAGAUUGGUAUUUUCUUUUGUCUCCUUUCUUAGUGAAAGAUCUCACCUGACUUGAAACUGAUUCCUUUCAAGUUUUCUUUUUCCAUUUUUUGCACAUAAAUGUUUCCCUGUUUCCUGAAUUAUGAUUGCUUCCAUUUUCUUAAAAAAUAGUUGUUUGGUUAUAUUUUUAAUUGAUUAAUAAGUAGUUUUAUCUAUCUACAAACAA